GUAGCGAGGAGGCGGAGCCCGGAAGAAAGCAGCAUGGCGGCGCUGGACAGUGACAGCGACGAGGACUUGGUCAGCUAUGGGACAGGUUUGGAGCUGCUGGAAGAAGGUGCGAGCCAGAUUGGUCUCUCGGGCCUGUGGAAAACAGGCCGGGGUUCCAGGAUUCGAGGCGAAAAUGCACAACCCUGUGCCGGGCCUUGGCUGGCCCCGGGGAAAGACUUGCUAGUUACGGGCGCUCGGAACAGCGACAAGGGAGGCGUGCGCCGUGCUUUUGGGGCGCUCAAGUUAUCUGUUGGUUUUGAAUUGCUGAGAAAAAUGGGUUGGAAGGAAGGACAAGGAAUUGGCCCCCGAGUAAAGAGAAAACCACGUCAACAAAAACCUGAUCCUGGAGUAAAAAUCUAUGGCUGUGCAUUACCCCCUGGAGGGUCGGAAGGCUCUGAGGAUGAAGAUAAUGACUACCUGCCAGAAAAUGUGACCUUCGCACCCAAAGAUGUCAUGCCUGUGGAUUUCACACCUAAAGAUAAUGUACACGGACUGGCGUACAAGGGCCUGGAUCCCCACCAAGCGUUGUUUGGGACUUCGGAAGAGCCUUUUAAUCUUUUCUGUGGGGGACCCGCGGGGACCAGUAAUCUUCUUGGAGAUAUUGGAGUGAAUAAAGGAAGAAAAUUGGGCAUUUCAGGCCAGGCUUUUGGUGUUGGUGCCCUGGAAGAGGAAGAUGAUGAUAUCUAUGCCACAGAAACCUUAUCCAAAUAUGACACCAUUCUGAAGGAUGAGGAGCCUGGAGAUGGGCUGUAUGGCUGGACAGCACCCAAGCAAUAUCAAAGUCAGAAAGAAACAGAGAAAGCUCUUCGCUACGUUGGCAAAAUAUUGGAUGGAUUUUCCUUGGCUUCUAAACCUUUAUCUUCUAAGAAAAUUUAUCCACCACCUGAAUUGCCAAGAGACUAUCGACCGGUGCAUUAUUUCAGACCCGUGAUAGCUGCAACCUCAGAGAACUCCCACUUACUUCAAGUAUUAUCAGAGUCAGCUGGAAAGCCAGUACAAGACUCAGGGACACAUAGUAGACACCAACUGAAUGCCUCCAAGAGGGGAGAGUUGCUAGGAGAAACACCUAUUCAAGGUAUGUGCAAUGGAGAAGAUAAUGAUGUGAAUGAUAAGCAGUCGGCUGUGAAGAUGAAGAUGUUUGGGAAGCUUACUCGAGAUACCUUUGAAUGGCACCCUGACAAGCUCCUAUGUAAGAGGUUUAAUGUCCCUGACCCUUAUCCAGAUUCAACUUUAGUUGGCUUACCAAGAGUGAAACGUGACAAAUACUCCGUCUUCAACUUUCUGGCGCUCCCAGAGACAGCUUCCUUGCCCACAACUCAAGAAUCAAGUGCAAAAGUACCACAGCUCCAAGGCCCUGACAAAUCCAGAAAACCAUCCAGAUGGGACGCAUCUAAACAAGAAAAGAAAGAGGAUUCCAUCAGUGAAUUCUUAAGUUUGGCUAGAUCAAAAGUUGGUCCACCUCAACAAGAGUCCAGUCCAUUAGUAAACAAAGAGGGAGACCAAGUGAAGGAAUCACUCUCAGAUAAGCUGGUAAACAAAGGUGAGGAUUCACAGGCUGAAGGAGAAGGGAGCCGCCCAUCCAUGGACUUAUUCAAGGCCAUCUUUGCCAGCUCCUCAGAAGAAAAGUCCUCAUCCUCUGAGGAUGAGCAGGGUGACAGCGAGGAUGACCAGGAGGGCACUGGGGAGGCCGACUUCAAAAGUCCUCAAGAGGCCGACUUGGUGGAAACCCCUGCGGCUCACACCAAUGAGCUGGCCCCACAGGAGCCUGUAACUUCCUUCCUGAUACCAAAGAUGCAGAUUGAUGAAAGAGAAGAGUUCGGCCCACAGCUGCCUCCCGUCUUCUGCCCCAAUGCUCGUCAGAAACUUGAGGCUCCUCAAAAAGAGAAACAUAAAAAGAACAAAGAAAAACACAAGACCAAGAAAGAGCACAAACGGAGGAAAGAGAAGAAAAAGAAACACCGGAAGCACAAACACAAAGGAAAGCAAAAGAAUAAAAAAUCAGAGAAGAGUAGUAGUUCUGAGAGCACCGACAGCAGUGACAGCCAGAGUGAUGAAGAAGGGACGGCAGACAUGUCACCUCAGGAACUGCUGAGACGGUUAAAGAGUCUUCCACUAAGGAGGCAGUAAUUGAGUUCUGCCCUGGCCUGUCCCAAUACCACAUCUCUAUGAUGGAAGCUUGUUGAUUACUCAGUUACUACAGUGUACAGAUUGUAUUUAUAUGUAAAUUCAUGCUGUAAAAUAAUUUUUAAAACCUUGACAUUUCAAAGGCUGCCUUGGAAGGUUGCAGAAAUUGGUUUCUAUUUUUAACUUCAGUUAGUGUCAAGGAAGAUAUUCAGACUGUGUACAGUUCAAUUAAAAUGAAAUUUUUCUAUUUU